AUGUCGGUGCGCAUCAAACUGUCGUUCGUCAUCGCCUUGCUUCUGCAGUGUCCGGUGGUCAUCGAUGGGGUCCGCACCGUAGAUAUGUCUGAGGGCAGCGUGGCACGGAGUUCCGGCUCAGACGCACUUUCUUCUCGUAUGACUGUGCGCGAGACAGAGACGCCACUGGUCAGCAUCCACUUCUCGAUGGAGCCGGCGGAGAUGCAAAAAAUGCUGGGGGACCGCCUGGUGCCGGAUGUGUAUGAUGGUAAGGCCUUCAUCCAGGUAUCCAUGUUCUACAUUACCAACCUGGAGGCUCACACCCCACUCGGCUUUGUGCCGACCCUGAUGAGCAGCUGGUGCAUGCGCAUUUCCGCGUAUGUGAAGCUGAAGGACUCCGGAGAGAAGGGCUACGUGAUCCUGUCGGCGGACUUCGAGAGCUCGUUUUUCGGCAAGAUCAUGACCAGUGGCUGCAAGAGUUCUCAGCUGGGAACCAUGUGUGGCACUGUCGCGGUGAACCGGACGAAGAUGAGUUACGGCCAGUUGUUCUCCGUGAAGCAGGGCGGGAAUGAGAUCCUGCACCUCGCUGCCCAGUUUGGCAAUGUUUCCAACACUCCCUUCUUCAACUGGGCCAACGAGCGCUACGUGCGUUUCCAACUCAGCGCAGACAAGAAGACCCUGAAGCGCGGCACCCAGCCUGAAAAUACCAAGAUCUGGGAGGGCAACUAUCAAGUGAAGCUCGCCGCUGGUGCCAUCGACCCCAUCUGGUCGAAAGUCUUCCAGACCAAGUUUGCCGGGUACGGCUGGGGACACCUCGACGACCCCGUCCCCGAACCCUGUGGCCAGGGCUGGUGCUUCUUCUCUUCGAAGGCGGCCUUUGUGGACAACGAGGCCACAGUCCUAGCCGUGAACGACACAGAGGCUUGA